AUGCCUGCCCAAUCAGCGAACGAGGGUGGUUCUGAUAACGAGGAGGGCACUUAUCGCCCUCGCAAGAGACAAGCGGUGAUAUCGAAAGCAUGUGAGCACUGCAAGGUCAAGAAAGCUCGAUGUGACAGCUCUCGCCCUCAGUGUGGCAUGUGCCAACGGAAAGGUGUGGUAUGCGAGUACAAGGAGAAGGGCCAGCCCGGUUUACGUCCGGGCUAUGGCAAGGCAGUCGAGCAACGCCUCAGCUUAUUGGAGGAUAACAUGGAUAACAUGUCUCGUACGGUACAGGAGAUCCUCAGUUGCGUUCAGAAUUACCAGAAAGGCCCCAUACAGACCCAGCCGCUGGAGGCUCAGCUCUCAGCAUUGGGUACAUCGCCCGAUCCCCCGCCGACAACCAGUGACCGCGAGCAGCAACAAACGGGACCUUCAGAUGGAGAGCCACUCUGGCAACCGGUCUCUGCUUCUUUGCCAACUACUGCAUCAACUGCAACGGCGACAGAUCUGAAUAUGUUUGCCGCAUCACCGCUGCUAGAGAGGAUUGAUCCCCGUCCUCCCCUUGAGUCGUGGGAUGUAACAAACACGCCGACAGCCACAACCGCCGAUUCAUCACUGCCACCUGAACCAAUAAUUCGCGAGCUUAUUGAUAUUUUCUUUGAGCACGUAUAUCCCUGGGCGCCACUGCUCCAUAGGCCAAGCUUUCUCUCUAAAGCAUUCUCCCCAGAGCAAGAAGUUGUCCUCCACGGCAUCGUUGUAGUCGCCUACCGAUUCUGGAGAAAAGCAACACCGCCUGCCGAAGUUCGCGAAGGGCAAAUAAAGACCUCGAGAGAACAGAUUCUUCUGCGAUCAAUUGACGUUGCAUCACUCGCAUCAACGCAAGCCCUCGCUUUUCUCGCCAUUGAUGCUAUCGGGCAGGGCUCUGGGCCAAGGACAUGGAAUAUUAUGGCUAUGCUGGUAACAUCGACGCGCCAGCUUCGCCUCGCCAGUACCAAUAACACAGCUCUGGACCCGCGCUCAUCUUCCCUCGUCGACAAUGAUGCUCCGGACAAAGGCCAAGGCGGUGACGAUAUGUCCAUCAGCGGCAGUAGUAGUGACAUCCACUCGAAUGUCGAGGAAGAGCAGAAGCAUCGUCUUUUCUGGACUAUUUAUGCCCUCGAUCGCUUCUCAAGUGUGCCUCUGGGUCAACCAGGCUCAAUCGACAGCAGGUUGAUCAAGCUACCAUACCCCGUCCGUGACGGAGAGUGGGGUCAGAACGUGGUGCCUGAAUGGUUUCAAAGGCCGUCUCCUACGAGGCCUUACCUUGACCAUCAAAAACCUGUCAACCUUUGGCAUUAUUAUAUCGAUGUCUUGACAAUGGUCGACCAGUCAAACCAGCUGCUAAUCCAGCCGGUGAACCUUGCCCUGCCAGCUAGCUGUGAGGAGUGGCAAAGUAGCUUCCGUCGAUUCGAUAUUUCGCUCUUCACUUGGUUCGAAAAUCUACCAUGGGAAGUUCGCGAGCCUCCCGCAAACUUUGAACCGAUCUGGACUUUGGUCCAUGCUACUUUCUACCUAAUCAACAUACGCAUGUACACGGUUGCGGCGUUCCCCUCAACGGCCUCACCUUACCUGAAGCCCUCAACCUCGGCCCGAAGCCGCUGUCGGCAGGCGGUCCGCAGCGUUGCUAACCUCGCAGCUUCUCUGGAGUCUCACCAGAUCCAACAGCUAGGACCCACGUUUCCCUUCGUGGUGUGGGUUACCGCGCGGAGCCUGGUUAUGCUCUGGACAAUGGGUUAUGAAACCGCGCGCGGAGCUGUGCCUGACGACUUGGAGGCUCUCCUAUAUACUUUGAGACAAUCAGCGAUACACUGGCCAUGUAGUCAACGCUACUCGGAUAUGGUUCAGUUGAUUGUUGAUACGAAGAAUAGUCCUUCUGGGCCAGUCGGUCUGGAAAUAUUCAAUGACACCCGUCGAACGGCGUAUGGACUUCAGAAUAGGCUAGGGGCUCUGGUUGACUGUCAGGCUAUGGCUUUGUUCGCUGGAUCUGACGACUUUCUUGAUGUCGGAUUUUCGGACUUGCUCAACUUUUCUGGGCCUCAGGUUGGGCUGAGAGGAGUUGGCAGAGAGUUUGAUGCAGACUGGUUGUGA